UGUUUGCAAAAAACAACUCAAAAUGUAACUGAAAAUAAAAUUUAAAAUUUAAAACAUAGCUGACAACAAUUUUAAAAAAUUAAAAAUAAAUUCUUCUCGUAUCCAAAAGUACAAUUAUUUUAUUUUUCCCUCUAAUAAUCACUUGCCUCCGGGAUUUGAUUGGCGAUAAGACUAACAGUAGACUUUUCUCUCUAUUUGUGACUAGCUGAUGUUUAUAUCUAUGCUAUGAGUUUAUCAAUGGAAACUGCUGUGCCUGGGAUGCUUGUUGGCUCUGAUAUUCAUGGCUUUCAUACACUUCAAGAUUUGGACUUUGGGAACAUAAUGGAGGAAGCUAGAGCAAGAUGGCUCCGCCCAAAUGAAAUCCAUGCAAUACUCUGCAACUAUAAAUAUUUCACCAUUCAUGUCAAGCCGGCAAAUUUGCCCAGAAGUGGUACAAUUAUGUUGUUUGAUCGUAAGAAGCUAAGGAACUUCAGAAAAGACGGUCAUAGUUGGAAAAAGAAAAAGGACGGGAAGACCGUUAAAGAGGCUCAUGAACACUUAAAAGUUGGUAAUGAAGAAAGGAUUCAUGUAUACUAUGCCCAUGGGGACGAAAUCUCAACCUUUGUUCGAAGGUGUUAUUGGCUACUUGACAAGACUCUAGAGCACAUAGUCCUUGUUCACUAUCGUGAAACUCAGGAGUUGCAGGGUUCUCCAGUCACACCUAUGAAUUCAAAUUCUAGUUCAGUCUCUGACCAGUCUCCUUGGGCUUUAUCAGAAGCUGAUUCCGGUGCAUAUUAUACAGGCGAGAAAGAAAUGAUAGAACUGGGUGGCGGUUCAACUGUUAGAAAUUAUGAAAUGAGGCUUCAUGAGAUUAAUACACUUGAAUGGGAUGAGCUAGUGGCGAAUGAUUCAAACAAUUUGGCUAUGGCUAAAGGAGAUAAGAUCAUGGAUUUUACGCAACAGAAUCAAAUUGCAGUAAAUGGGUCCAUGGAUAAUGGUACAUAUCUUCCACCCUACAAUUUGUCUGCGGAAAUUUCUCAUUUGGGAAACUUAACAGAGCCUAUAGUGAGUAGCAACAACUCUCAAUUUAAUAUUUCGCACAAUGCAUACAUUCAAUCAACAUCGGUUCAAGUAAAUCCAAAUGUCCAGAGGGAAGAUACGAAUAUUCUUGGAACUGGUGAUUCCCUGGACAUGUUGGUUAAUAAUGGUUUGCAAAGCCAAGAUAGUUUUGGCAAGUGGAUCAACUGCAUUAUAGCCGACUCUCCGGGUUCUGUAGAUAAUACCGUGCUUUCGUCUUCAAUUUUAUCUGGUCAUGAUUCUUCUACUUCUCCAGCAAUUGAUCAACUUGAAUCCUACAUUCCUGAACAAGUAUUUGUCAUCACUGAUAUUUCCCCUGCAUGGGCCUUUUGUACUGAAACAACAAAGAUUCUAGUUACUGGAUAUUUCCAUGAGCAGUUUCUACAUCUAGUGAAGUCCAAUCUAAUUUGUGUGUGCGGAGAUGCAUGUGUUUCUGCGGAAAUUGUUCAAGCCGGGGUAUAUCGCUGUUUUGUAUCGCCACAUUCUCCUGGAUUAGUGAAUCUGUUCUUGAGUUUGGAUGGACAUAAACCUAUAAGCCAAGUCUUAAAUUUUGAGUAUCGCACCACCACGUUUCAUGAUCCUGUGGUUUCUUCAGAAGAAAAACCCAACUGGGAAGAGUUCAAGCUUCAGACGAGGCUCGCUCAUUUGCUUUUGUCAACAUCCAAAACCCUCGGCAUUCUAACCAGUAAGGUGGCACCAUCUUCCUUAAAGGAGGCUAAGAAGUUUGCCCUUAAAACAUCAAAUAUAUUCCAUGGUUGGGCAUAUCUAAUCAAGUCCGUUGAGGAUAACAGACUUUCAUUUUCACAAGCGAAAGACGGUCUGUUUGAACUCACUUUGAAGAACAUGGUGAAGGAAUGGUUGCUGGAGAGAUUGGUUGAAGGCUGUAAAACAACUGCAUAUGAUUCUCAGGGUUUAGGAGUAAUUCAUUUGUGUUCUAUUCUUGGAUAUACUUGGGCUGUUCAUCUAUUUUCAUGGUCAGGCUUGUCGUUGGAUUUCAGGGACAAACAUGGAUGGACAGCUCUUCAUUGGGCAGCAUAUCAUGGAAGGGAAAAAAUGGUUGCAGUACUCCUAUCUGCUGGAGCAAAGCCAAAUCUGGUCACUGACCCCACUAAAGAAAAUCCUGGUGGAUGCUUAGCUGCUGAUCUUGCAUCUGCAGAGGGUUAUGAUGGCUUAGCUGCAUAUUUGUCGGAAAAGGCUCUAGUAGCACAUUUCAAAGAUAUGUCUAUUGCUGGAAAUGUCAGUGGCACACUUCCGGAAACAAGUUCAACAGACAUAGUAAACUCUCAAAACCUGAGUGAAGAGGAGCUCUAUCUGAAAGAUACAUUGGCGGCUUACAGGACGACUGCUGAUGCAGCAGCGCGUAUUCAGUCUGCAUUUAGAGAACACUCCCUGAAAGUACAGACUAGAGCGGUUCAGUUUGCCAAUCCAGAAGAUGAAGCACGGAAUAUAGUUGCAGCAUUGAAAAUUCAACAUGCCUUUCGUAACUAUGAGAGUCGUAAAAAAAUGGCAGCUGUUGUUCGCAUCCAGUAUAGAUUCCGAACAUGGAAAAUGCGGAAGGAGUUCCUUAAUAUGCGCCGUCAGGCUAUCAAAAUCCAAGCUAUUAUCCGGGGCUACCAAGUGAGAAGGCAGUACCGAAAGAUUAUGUGGUCAGUUGGAGUGCUUGAGAAAGCAAUUCUUCGUUGGCGUUUAAAAAGAAAAGGAUUUCGUGGACUUCAAGUUGAGCCUAUUGAAACAAUUGCAGAUCCAACGCAGGUAAGUGACGCGGAGGAAGACUUCUACAAAACCAGCCAGAAACAAGCUGAAGAACGUGUUGAGAGAGCUGUUGUACGAGUUCAAGCCAUGUUCCGUUCAAAGAAAGCUCAAGAAGACUACCGCAGGAUGAAAUUGACCCAUAACCAAGCAACGCUGGAAUAUGAAGAUUUUCUUGAUCAUGAUAUUGACAUUGACAGAUGAAGAGGGGUCAAGAUCUGGAUAUAACUUAAUAUUUUGGUGACUCGCUUUGCGUGUAUAUUUAGGUAUAUGGCCAGUAUCAAUGAUAUGCAUGCUGGAAUAUAGCAUUGGCAACUACGCCAUCUAGUGCAUGUACGUUGUAUAAGUAUCUAGCUUAGUCCGAUCUUACACGAUUUUACCCAUUCACACCGUGCUUUAUAUUUUUAGAAGGUCAUGGUUUGAGCUUGAAGUCGGAGAUGUUGGGUUUUGGAUAUAUUAUGUGCUUUAUUGUACUUUGAUGACAAAAACUGUUAUUCUGCUGUAGUCAGCUCUGUAUUUGUGCAUAGGAUGUGUCAUCUUCAGCCACCAACUAUGCUUAUGCUUACUGUUGGUAUUUAUAUGAAGUGCUGCGAGGGAAACUUGAACGGGUUAGUUUUCUCAGCAAGUUAUUAAGAAAAGUAUUCCGAUUGUUA